AUGCAUUUUUGGAUAGACAAACGCAGCCAGUGUGCCUACACCGGCCGCCAUCGUGUUCCAUCUUCCCUUUCAGCUGGGCGCGCGCGGGGCCGCGUGUGUGCGAGCGGGGGCGCGGGCGCGGGCCGCAAGGGCAUGGCGGCGCCCGUGCACCGCUUCGCCGCCGUCGACUGCCCGCCGCGCCGCCCGCACCGCUCGCACCGACAUGCCGGGCCUCCACCGAUGCCGGCUGUCCACGCGACGCGGCGGCAGAAUGACGAGCCGAGCUUGUACGUGGAGAUACCAGCCGAGCCUCCGCAGCCGACCAUCGCGAGUCUCGCGGCCGCCCGCUCCGUCACCCCCGACACGUUACUGCGCACCGCAGCCCUAGGGCUCCACCACUCGCCCAUGAUGGCCCCGCACCUCAAGUUCGGCAUGCUGGUCUCCUUCGCACUGGCUACUGUCUUCCUGGCUGGGGCGAAGUACUACUUUGAUCGGCAGGUGAGCGUGAUCCGGUCGGGCGGCGGCGCGGGGUCGGGCGGCGAGGCGAGCGUGGUGUGCGCGGCCGUGGCGUGCGUGUGCGGCGUGGGCUGCGCGCUGUCGCUGUGCCGCGCGCGCCCGCCGCCGCCGCUGCCGCCCGACCGCGUCUCCUCCACGGCGCAGCGCGACCGACACCCUCCACCAUCAGAACCAUCAGACGACAUAUCGCUGGCGACCCUUCUACAAUCCUCCGAGCGCUCGCAGCCCGUCACCGAGUCCCCUGAAGCGCCGCCCCCGUACAAGAUCGCAGUCCUGAUGCCUGGCCGCGACGCUAGCCCUCCGCCCCCUGCAUACAGCUCACUCAGCUAG